ACACAGCAUGUUGCUUACUUUAUCCUCUGGUUCUUUCGACCGGAUCAUGCUUUCGCGAUUUUACGGACGGACGGGGUUGGGGGAGUUUUCACAUCAACGCGAUGACGAGCUGGUUCUGAUUCUCGACAUCGGCAUAUUGAUAUCAUGAGCAUGCAUGGCGUCUGGAAAGUUUUUACAUUCCUGUUUUCCGUACCUUUUUACCCGGCAUCUUCGCUCUCUAUUCCAUGUAAAGCAUCUUAGCCGCCAGCCAGAAAAGUGGGUUUUUGUCAUUUUUCUGUUUUACCAACACAUCACAACCAGCGAGGAGUAUGGUUACGACCAGAUCCUCGGAAGAGGGCUUAACAUUUUUACUGCACAACCAGCGGCGGAUAUACCCUUUAGAUGCCGGUGAGGGCUUGGACUUGAAGUCCCAUUUCAAUUCUCCUCCGCAUGGA